CAAAACACGAUGGCGCCAAAGCUGGCGUCGCUCGUGGUUGCGCUCUACUGCGCUGCGGCGUGGUCGGGCAACGUUCUCGCCACCUCCUCGGCGAGCGCCCCUGUCUCCACCUCCACCGCUUCCGCCUCGUCUUCCAUCUCGAGUGGCACUGGGGCCACUUCGAGCUUGAGCAGCUCAGCUAGCUCGGCAAGCUCAGCAUCGAGCACUAGUGCCAGCAGCGCUUCUAGUGCAACCUCGAGUGCAGCCACCACGACUUCUGCAGCAACUUCUGGCGUGUCGACCCCAGUACCCACUGUUACCGGCCCCUCAACGCUCCCCAUCUCGGAUUAUUCCUUCACUCCUUACCCUACCCCCACCCUCGCUCCUGCGCCCCCUAUCUUCCCUGCUACGGACCCCCUUUAUCCUCCACCAAUCACCUCUGACCUCAAUGUCGUCCCCGACUACGCGCCAGCAUGGGCCGCUGCGUACGCGAAAGCAGAGGCAUUGAUCGCCAACUUCACCAUCGAGCAAAAGGUCAACAUCACGACCGGCGUGGGAUGGGCCAACGGCCUCUGCGUGGGCAACACCCCACCAGUGGGCGAUUUCCCGGGGCUUUGUCUUCAGGACUCUCCGCUCGGCGUGCGGUACGCUGACUUUGUGACGUCCUUCCCUCCUGGUAUCACCGUUGCAUCGAGCUGGAAUCGCGCUCUCAUGCGCGCUCGCGGCCUCGCCAUUGGGCAAGAGUUCAAGAGCCGCGGCGUCAACGCUGGACUCGGGCCGAUGAUGAACAUGGGCCGCGUCCCGCAGGGCGGACGCAACUGGGAGGGCUUCGGGGCGGACCCGUUCCUUUCCGGCGAGGCAGCGUACGAGACCGUGCUGGGUAUGCAGCAGGGCGGUGUGCAGGCGACUGCGAAGCAUUACAUCAACAACGAGCAGGAGUGGAAACGUACAAUGUACUCCUCGUGGGUCGACGAUCGCACAGAGCACGAGGUGUAUGUGCAGCCCUUCAUGCGCGCGGUCAUGGCCGGUGUUUCGUCGGUGAUGUGCAGUUAUAACAUGAUCAACGAUACUUACGCCUGCAACAACAACAAAACGCUUAAUGACAUUAUGAAGCGCGAGAUCGGCUUCCAGGGCUACAUCCAGUCCGACUGGUCAGCAACCAUGGCCACCCUCUCUGCCGUCGCAGGCCUCGACAUGACCAUGCCCGGCGACAUCGCCUUCGGCUCCGGCACAUCCUACUUCGGCGGCAACCUCACCGCGUACGUCAUGAACGACACCAUCUCCCUCUCGCGGCUCGACGACAUGGCGACGCGCAUCGUCGCCGCCUACUACUACAUGCACCAGGACCAGAACUACCCCAACGUCACGCUCAACUCGUUCAACGCGUACGACCCGCUCAACCGCGCCGUGAACUCGCAGAGCGACCACUACAAGAUCGUGAGGCAGGUCGGUGCCGCGGGGACUGUGCUGUUGAAGAACGAGAACAAUGCGUUGCCGCUGAAUAAGCCUCAGAGUCUGGUGCUGGUGGGGAGCGAUGCGGGGCCGUCGCUGAUGGGGCCGAAUCAGUAUGCGGACCAGGGCGGGGUGCCGACGGGGAUUUUGGCGAUGGGGUGGGGAUCUGGAACGGAUAACUUCACGUACCUUAUUUCUCCGUACGAAGCCAUUCAAGCCCGUGCCCGUCUCGACCAGACAAGCGUGUACUUCGACUUUGACGACUGGGACCUCUGGCAGGCCGGAAACCGCGCUACCGACGUGUCCGCCGCUAUCGUGUUUAUCAAUUCUGACUCUGGAGAGGGCUACAUCACCGUCGACAACAACGCUGGCGACCGGCAGAACCUGACGGCAUGGAAUAACGGCGACAACCUCGUGCUCGCCGUCGCGGCACAGAACAACAACACGAUCGUCGUGACGAACAGUGUCGGCCCGCUCAUCCUCGAGCCGUGGAUCGAGCACCCGAACGUGACCGCCGUCGUGUGGGCGAACCUCGGCGGCAACGAGGCCGGCAACGCGGUCGUGGAUGUCCUGUACGGCGCAUGGAACCCCAGCGGGAAGCUGCCGUAUACGAUUGCGAAGAACAUGGAGGACUAUCCGGCGCCGUUGGUGCUUGGUGGGACGGCGGACGAUUAUCUUUCCAUCAACUAUACUGAGGGGCUGUUCAUCGACUACCGCUGGUUCGACGCGCACGAUAUUGCGCCGCGCUACGAGUUCGGCUACGGGCUCAGCUACACGACGUUCGCGUACUCGAACCUCUACAUCCAGCCGAUCACGCCUGCCGACGAUGCGCAGUGGAGCCUCAUCACGAACUGGGAGAACGGCGGCGCGACGCCCAUCGCCGAGGGAUCUUCGACCGCGCUCUGGCUGCAUAUGCCCGCGUACCAGGUCACAUUCACGAUCGAAAACACUGGCCCCGUGUACGGCGGCGAGAUCCCGCAGCUGUACCUGCACCACCCGGCCGCGGAGGAAGAGCCGCCGUCGAUCCUCAAGGGGUUCACCAACGUCGAGGUCGCGCCGGGGCAGAGCGCCCAGGCGACGAUCACGCUGUCGAGGUACGAUCUGUCCGUGUGGGACGUCGUGAAGCAGGGGUGGCGCAAGUCCGAAGGGACCGUGACGUUCUCGGUCGGCGCGAGUAGUCGGGACUUCAGGCUGAACGGGACGAUUCCCGCGAGCGGGCUGUGAGGUGGAUGGAUCUUGGGCGCGGUUUUUGGAACAAUGAUCUAGACAUGUUCAAAAGAUCUAUAUACACGUGUUACGAUAGUGGACUUAUCGUCAAUUGGACAUAUGUAGCACGUAGUCAGAGCAUUGUAGGCAGGACUGUAGGGGCACCUUAUGUGUCCGGGACUAUUGUGCUUCGAACUGUGGACUCGCAUUCAGGCUGCAACGGCUCAAAACAUUUGUAAGCUGC